AGUGCCGGUGAAGCAUCGCUCCGGCGGCCCCUCGCCGCUCGCUGCUCGCCGAGGCAAUGACCACCGCGCCGGCUCCGGACGCGGAGAGCGACGACACGAUAAACGGCCAGCGCGUGUACGGGUGCGAGCUCAUCCAGCAGAUGGGCAUCAUGCUCGCGCUGCCGCAGGUCGGGAUAGCGACGGCGCAGGUGAUGUUCCACCGCUUCUACGCGCGCCGGUCAAUGCGGCGGUUCGACGUGCGUCACGUGGCGACGGGCGCGCUGUUCCUCGCCACCAAGGUGGAGGAGUGCCCGCGCAAAGUGCGCGAUGUGCUCGGCUGCUUCCAGCACCUACUCAGCAAGCGCGCGGGCAAGCGGCCGGUGCCGCUCGACAUCUUCUCGCAGGACUACGCCAACCUGAAGGACAAGCUGAUCCGCGCGGAGCGCGAGAUCCUCAAGGAGCUCGGCUUCAUCCUCUACAGCGAGCACCCGCACAAGUUCAUCCUCAACUACGUCAAGCUCCUCGCGCCGUCAAAGGAGCAAGAGCACGCGCUCGCGCAGGCGGCCUGGAACUUCAUCAACGACUCGCAGCGUACGGACGCGUGCAUCAAGUUCGCGCCCGAGGCGAUCUGCUGCGCCGCGAUCUGGUUUGCCGCGCGCACGCUGGGCAUCCGCCUUCCGUCGGACGCGUCGCCGCCCUGGUGGGAGCUCUUCGACACGCAGAGGCAAGACAUGGACGCGGUCGUGCAGAUGGUCACGGACCUCUACAUGCGGCCCCGCGCCCGCUUCGUCAAGCUAGACCCGCCGCCCAAGCCAGCCGCCCCGCCAGCCGCGCCGCCAGCCGCGCCGCCGCCGCCCGCCGCCGCGCCGCCGCCCGCCGCCCCGCCAACCGCCACCGCGCCGCCCGCCGCCGCGCCGCCGGGAGCGGGCGGCGGUGGCGACCUCCCGGGUGGCGACCUCCCGUCGCCCGGCGCAGAGCGGGAGCGCGAGCUGCGCGAGAAGGCGAUGGCCGCCGCCGCCGCCGCCGCCGCUGCCAAGGAGCGUGCGAGCAGCGACGCUAGCCCGGGCGGCGGCGCGGGCGGCGGGGAGGCGAAUGGCGCGGAGCCGGCGGGGCGGGGCAAGGAGGGCGGGGAGCGGAGGCGGCGCGAUCGCUCCUCGAGCCGCGACCGAGACAGAGACCGCGACCGAGACCGCGACAGAGAGCGCGACAGAGACAAGAGGCGGCGCCGGGAGCGGGACGACCGCGACGAGGGACGGCGCGAUCGGAGGGAUCGCGAUGGCGAUCGCGACCGGCGCGACCGGCGCGGCCACCGCGGGGUCGGCCUCGACCUCUCCCCACGCCCUCGUCCUUUAGACGCGGCGGCGCGCCUCGCACUUUGUAGGCGGGAGAGGGACUACGACCGGAGGGAGGAGGACCGCUACGACGACCGGCGCGACGACCGCCGACGGUAGGGAGGGCGGGGUGCGGAGUGCGCGAGCAGCCGGCAAGGUCUGAGCGCUAGUGACGGCAGAACGUCGCGCAGCCGCAGCUGCCGCAGGUCCUCCUGAGGCACAGAUUGCCUAGGGGGCCAUGUCUCUGCCGCCUCUCUCGAGAGACGAGAUACGCUGCUACGGUACACGCACACGCGCGACGGGGAGAGUCCGACUCUCCCCACCCAGUGCGACCCCAGCGAGAGGCGAGAGCUGAGAGAGGCGCACAACAAGGCAUGAAGACAUAUAUGUUCUCGAGGAUAAUGUUUCCGUUCACUCUUCCUAUCGCGUAUCGCUAUCGGGACAAGCGACAUCACGCGCAGCCGUAUUAAACUAAUUAUUUACCAUACGAU